AUGCAAAUACACAGCACUGGGCCGGAGUCGCCUCUUCCCUCCUCCGCACCAAAGGCCGCUGCUGUUGAAGACUCUCUGGUCAACCAUGUAGCGGCUGACCUCGGUUACUGUCGUUUGGAUGAAGCUCCAUGUGAAGAAGUACGCCUCUGGUCUAAUGCUCGCGGGUCUCCUUCGGCCUGGAUGUGGGAUAUUGCUGACGACCACCAACUGUUCCAGACCCCCGUGUACACGUCCCCUCCGUCCGAGUCGGAGGCACUCCUCCACACCCUCUCGAGGGCACUACCAAACCUACCUCACUCGCCCCACUUUCCGCAACUCGAAGACGAGAGUUUGCGGCCCAAUUUAGAGAUCUGUUUCAUCCCAAACUGGGGCAUCAUCAUCAGCAGCAACAACCGCAUGACAGUUCUGGAACAGCACGACCUUUGGUCAGUUGGGAUGACGCCUCCCGUCUGUUUCAGACCCAAUUUGGCAUCUCUUCUUCCGUCGCCCUGA